CGGAGCCGGCUCCCGGGGAGCCGAGGUGCGCGGCACUGCGAGCCGACCUUCUGCACCUGUCGCACACCUGAGCCUUGCUCGCCGCGGCGCUGACGCCGACUGACUGGUGGCUCGUGACUCGUGAUCGGCUGGUCAUGGCCUACCCGGGAUACGGAGGCGCGUUUGGAAACUUCAGCGGUCAGAUUCCGGGGAUGCAGAUGCACAUGGGGCAGCCAAUGCCAGGGGCAGGUCCCAAUAUGUUCUCUGGCGGUUACCCUGGGUACCUGGCGUACUCUGACAGCUACUCCCCUGCUGACGACUCUAUGUGGACUUACUUCACAGCUGUUGCUGGACAGGAUGGUGAGGUGGAUGCAGAAGAACUUCAGAGAUGCUUGACACAGUCUGGAAUUAGCGGGACUUAUGCUCCCUUCAGUCUGGAAACCUGCAGAAUUAUGAUUGCCAUGUUGGAUAGAGACUAUACAGGAAAAAUGGGAUUCAACGAAUUCAAGGAGCUAUGGGCAGCUCUUAGUGCCUGGAAGCAGAACUUCAUGACAAUUGAUCAAGACCAAAGCGGUACUGUAGAACAUCAUGAGCUGAGUCAAGCCAUCACUCUAAUGGGGUAUAGAUUGAGUCCUCAGACAUUAGCUGCUAUUGUUAAACGCUACAGCAAGAAUGGCAGAAUUUUCUUUGAUGACUAUGUUGCCUGCUGCGUGAAGCUUCGUGCCCUAACAGAUUUCUUUAGGCGAAGAGAUCACUUGCAGCAAGGGAUUGUGAACUUCAUGUAUGAGGAUUUUCUGCAGGGCACUAUGACAAUUUGAAAGCCUAGCAUUCAAAAGGUGAAGAAAUACUGAAGAAUCCUUCUGCUUCGCCGAAACAGACUGGACUACCUAAAAUUAAAAGUUCGAAGAACUUUUUCCUCUCCCUUCCUGUUCAAGUCCCUAUUGCCAUUUCUGUUAUUUAACCUUAAAGCACAGUUCAAUGCAAUAACUUUUUUAUUUGGGAUACAUUAUUUUUGGAAAAGUUAUGAUAUUGCAAAUAUAUGGACACUGUCUUGAAGUGUUGCUAAUGAUAUGUAGCUAAUUGAUAUCCGCACAUCUGAGCCUUGUUUUUUAACAAUAAUAGUGUAUAAGAAUGUAGUCACAUGACAGAUUGUCUACAAAGCCAAAUAACAAAAGUCUAGAUAAAACUUUUAUAUUAUCUAAAGGCUACAAGUUAUACUUCUGAUUUUGUUCAUGCCUGUGGGUGUUUCUGGGAAUGAAUCAGUCAUAGGGGACAUCUGCCCUUUUUGCUGUCUUUGGCUUUUGAUUCCACCAUCAGAGAACAUAACCUCCUGUUCUUGGCUUAUGAAUAAGAAAACUUUCGUUCCUAAAACUUUAUCCAAAUUUGGGUCUGUCAGCCUAUGGUAGUAGGUAUUGUUUUACUUUUUUUAUUUCACUGUUUAUUUUUUUACAGUAUAUUUUAUUAUUUUCCUUUUUAAAAAAUCUUUGAUUUUGUUUAGCUUUGUUUUGUGAGAUGAGAUUUUAACUACAUAGCACAGCAGCACACAAACUCAUGGUCCUCCUGCCUCCCCCUCCAUCCCCCAUUGUGUGCAGAGAUUCAAGGCUUGCACACCUGUGCCCACCUAAAAGUUUUAAAAUGAAGAUACCUUUCUCUUUCAUUAGUGAUGGUGUAGAUAAGCUAAAAUGUCCUCUUUCUCUAAAUCAAGCAGUUUUGGAGAAUGACACAUUUUAGUGAAGUGUCAGCUUUCUCUCAUGUUUGUUCUUUCUUAUUCUUUCAACCCAGGUGCUGCUCCUAGCUGUUGGCCACAGUUAAUUAAUUAAUUAAAAAAAAAAAUCGUGUAAUCUGCUACUUUUCAGAAGUUCUCUGUUGGAUCGAUAACACGUGUGUGUGUGUGUGUGUGUGUGUGUGUGUGUGUGUGUGUGUGUGGUGUGUACCAAGAAGUGUUUUGAUUUUUUUUCCUUUGGAGACUCUAUCAGCAGCAUUUCUGGUGAAUUUUCUAUAGUGAUUUCAAGUACUCACCAGGUUCCUUGCACUAAGUUCUCUGAUAUAAGAUGUUAGAGUUAAUUGAGUUUCCAACGUGGAAAACACCCUGUCUUUAUUAAUGAAGAUCUGAUAGACCACUGAAUUUUCAUAUAUUCUAACUGAACAUAUAUUUAGUUGAAGAAAAAUGCAAAUAGAUAUAAUUUUGGUUUAGCUAAUGACCAAAUUGAAUAUUUUUAAAGAAAACACCAUGGGUUUUUUUUUUGUUGUUGUUGUUUUUUGUUAUUUUUUGUUUUUUAACAGGCAAACCUCUUUUAUAAAUACAGAAAUCUUACAAACAGCUUUUACUUGAAAAGAUCCUGGAAAAGAAGUGAUGUCCUUGAUAUUGAUUACUCUAUAGUUUGCCGUCAAAUCCAUUUUGUCAGUUUUAUAAGACUUGGCUGAUGAAUACUCCACACACACUGUCCUCUGAAUAUUUGUUUCAUGACCACAUAUUUGAUAACCUGAAAGAGUAUUUACUGAACCAUUGAAUGUACAGAAUCUGAAGCUGUUGUAGGAAAAAGAAGCCACAUUAUGAUACUAUAAAUUAUUGAGUAAUGAACACUCUUGAUGUAUAAGUGCUUUUAUUUAUACAGUAAACAUGUUUCCAUGUCAUUUUGAGAAUUUUUUAAUAAACAUUCAAAUAGCUUGCUGUAAAGUUUUGUAUCAUACAAAAUUUGUUACAUAUAUACUGUUAUGAGAUGCGUCGGUUCAAACAACAGUGCAUUAAUUAAUUCAGCUGUUAUCUAAAAGAUUGUCAAAUGAUUAAAUGUCAGGUGUACUUCUAGUUUGAGUGGCAGUUUACACAUUUUAAAUUACAUCAAGGGAAAAUCGAUACUAUGGGAAUCUUGAUUUGGUCCACUUUAAAUGUAUUUUAAGGACUGUGCUCAUUAACCUAUUUGAGGCAUGCAUCAGAAAAAGAAAGUAACAAAUAUAUAUUCAAGUUAUAUAUUUAUUUCCAGAAAAGACAUUUACCCUGGAAGAAAGUAGAAUUUAUCAAGGUAGUUUAAACUCUGUGCAAAUAAAAAAAUAACAAAA